AUGUCGAAGCCUAUCAAGAAAUCCAGCAAAGUCCAUCCAUCUUCACCCCCCGGCCACGACCACCGCAGCCACCUAGCCCUCCUCCUCCCGGCCGCUAUCCUAUCCCUCACCGCUGCUCUCUCCCCCGAGGACACCGAGGUGCUGGCCUACCUCAUCUCCUUCCACAGCAACUCCUCCAGUGUUGGCAAAAGUGCAUCCGCCACCAGCACCGAUGAUGAUGGUGAUGUUAGUGUCCAUCCUCCGGUGUUCGGGUGCAAUUGCUUCCGGUGCUACACCAGCUUCUGGUCUAGGUGGGACGCAUCCCCAAACCGCGACCUGAUUCACGAGAUCAUAGAAGCGUACGAGGAGGGGCUGUCCCGGAAGAAAUCAACCAAGGCCAAGAAGAGGAGAAAGAGCAAUAACAAAGUGGGCGACCAUGAUCAUUCCUCGACUGAGCCGGCGGACGGAAAAGGAAAUGGAGGUGGCGCUUCGGAGAGCGGCUGCGGAGACAGCGAGGUAGGAUCGCCGGAGAAGGGAUCGUCAAUAAGGAAGGCGAUAGGUUUUAUCGGCGAGAAGAUUUGGGGUGCGUGGACUAGGGUGUAG